GAAGAGGGCCUGGGCAGAGGUGGAGUGGUACGCAUCGGGGGAGGCAGACCCAGCUAGGCCUAGAAGGAGGCAUAUCCCGGGAAGAUCGGGCACGGAAACCGGGAUAAUCUCCCCUCCUGCGGAAAACCUAUGACUGUCUGCCUCUCCUACCCCGACGUUAUCCCUGGAGUGAAAUCUCCCAUGGCCAUCUCCUGCACUACUCUACAACUUCACCCUUGAGCUUUUCCUUCCCCAGGCCAGGGUUGUGGGCCCAAUCUUGGGCUCCGAGUCCCUGAAGCUACCUCUCCAGUCUCUCUACUUCUAGGUUCCCCUCUCCUACCUAUCCGCCAUGACGAAGCUGCUGCCUGCCCAAGAGGCAGCCAAGAUCUACCACACUAACUAUGUGCGGAACGCCCGGGCAGUGGGGGUUAUGUGGGGUACCCUCACUAUCUGCUUCUCUGUUCUGGUCAUGGCUCUGUUUAUUCAGCCUUACUGGAUUGGAGACAGUAUCAACACACCCCAAGCUGGCUACUUCGGCCUCUUCUCCUACUGUGUGGGCAAUGCCUUGACUUCAGAGCUUAUCUGCAAGGGCAGCCCCCUGGACUUCAAGACCAUACCCUCCGGUGCCUUUAAGACUGCCAUGUUCUUCGUGGCUGUUGCCAUGUUUCUCAUUAUUGGUUCCACCAUCUGCUUCAGUCUCUUCUUUGUCUGCAACACAGCUACCGUCUACAAGAUCUGUGCCUGGAUGCAGCUGGCAGCUGCUACAGGCUUAAUGAUCGGCUGUCUGGUCUAUCCAGAUGGCUGGGACUCCAGUGAAGUGAAGCGCAUGUGUGGGGACCAGACAGACAAGUACACAUUGGGCGCCUGUACCAUCCGCUGGGCUUUCCUGCUCGCCAUGAUCAGCAUCAUGGAUGCCCUCAUCCUCUCCCUUCUGGCAUUUGUUCUUGGCUACCGGCAAGACAAACUCCUCCCCUCUGACUACAAAGCAGAUGGAAAUGAGGAAGUUUGAAACAGUUCAACAUCUGGGACAUCUACUUCUUGUAAAGAACCCACAUACAACUUCAAUAUAAAGUUACAGAUUCUGAUUCCUCAGAUAGAACUUUACACCUUCCCAAUUGCCCCAUCUUCCUCUACUUGAGUCCUUAAAUCUCGAUGCAACAUGGAAUUAGAACUUGGGAUUUCACCAUGAUUGAAGACAUAGCCCAAUGAUGGUGCUGCUUUUCAGGUGCUACAGAAGAACUAAAGAAGGGCAGCCACCAGCUGAUGUAAAGAGUACUGGGCUGGGAGUUGGGACACUUGGUUCUAUCUUGGCCCACCUCCACUACUAAACAGUUGAGUGCUCUGGAAGAAGUCAUUUCGCUUCUGUGGAUGAUAUUUUCUCACCUGUAAGAGGAGGGUUCGUUGAAUUCAAUCUCUAAGGUCCCUUACAGCCCUUGAAAGCCUAAAGGACUAAAGUCUUUGAGAUCAGGGCUACCUAAAAAUAACACAAAGAGAAAUUUUAUCUAGGUUUACUCCAGUGGAGUUUUUAGAGGUGCCUACUUCUGGAUUAUUCAAGGGCUGAUUAUCAGUUUGUCGGAUUUGGGGGCUGUUUGACACUCAAAACAAUCUUUGCUUUUCCUUCUCCAUCUCUGGCUCAUUUUAUUGCUCUAGAAUGCAGAACUGAUACAGGGAUAUACUAUUAGGCUGAGAAAACUCAAAUUAACCUAAUAUUUAUGGAAACUACUGUAUAAAUCUUGUGGAGUAUUACAAAAGGUUAAUUUUUACUUUUGUUAACUUAGAAUUUCUCUCUCAUCCCCCCCCCAAUUAGCAGGGAUAUUUCAGUUGGCUAAUCUUGCUAAACUGGUAGAAUUUAUAUUGUUCUUAUAAUAAUUAAGUCACAUUGAGUCAAUACCCACUAUAUUAAUGCAACCAGGAGCUGUAAUUGGCUACCAGUUUUGGAAAGCAGCCACCUUUUAAGUCUGGACAAAUUCAUUUCAUGUACAAAA